GCUGGGCAACACACAUCCAUAUCUCGCCCGUCAACCGGCAUGGGAAGUGAACAUAUGUCGGCUAUGGAAACAUCAUCUCUGCCAGUCCCGCCCGUCAGCCUUCCGGAUGGCCCGCCGUCGCCGCCACCUUCGAACACUACUCCGAGGUCGGGGAAGGAGGCAGCGACGAUAACGGAUGCUCCUGUCGGCGAGAGCGAUGCUAAGAGGGCCUCAAACAAGCCGGCUCGAAAGUUCUCUCAGUUGUGGUCCGGGGAUGAGCAAGUGACUUUGGCAAGGGUGUACGGCGAAGGUGAUGCACUAUGUGCCUCUGCUUCAGGACCUCAUAGGUGCAUGAGGCGGCAAGAUCGAUUGGAGUGGAUAUCGAACAGGAUGCGGGAGGCAGGGUACAGGCGCAAUGGUGAAGAUUGCAGGAAGAAAUGGGCGUCUUUGAUGGACAAGGCGAAGGAGAUCAAUGACAAAUGUGGGAGAUCGGGCGAUGAGAGCUACUGGGAGAUGAUGGCAGAGAAGCGGCGUGAACUGGGCGUCCACCCUGCGUUCGACAAGGUCCUUUGGGAUGCUAUGGGGUGGGCACUGAGAAAACUGUCAGUAACAUGUGAGCAUACAUUGGCUUCCGACAACAUGCAGUCACAGACUGAGGACGUGACAUCGUCAGGCAGCGGUGGAAGGGGAAAGAGUGCUCGUGAUGCGUCGGACGGGUCGGACAGCGGGACAAAAUCGAAGAGGGCAAGGUCGAGAGAGAGUCUAGGGAAUGAUGACUCACCGCAAUCUCUUUCCGUUGCUAUGCGGGAGUCUACAAAGGCGUACUGCCACGGAUUGGAGCAGGCCGCUUGCACAAUGGUGAGUGCUACCACGAAAGGAGCCGAGAUUGUAGGUGGGCCGAUAGGGGAGAUGGCAGGGAAGAUCGGGGCUGUGGCCGAUGCAAUGGUAGGCGGGAAUGAGGUGCUUGCCCAACUUGUGGGGGUUCUUGCCGCGCGAAGCCAGGGAAGUCGACAGGUGUGAAUGGGACUUCAAAUGAUGGUUUCAUUUGAAUGUAGGGUAUGGGAGGGGGGUUCUCCUUUGGGGGGGGGGGGGGGGGGGGUGAAUGUGGGUUGGGGUGGGUUGGAUGUUUGAGAAUUGUUUUUUUAUUUUGUUGUCGUUCGUGGGUUGACACCCACUUCUCAAUGGAUCGGUUGGAUACCGAUGAGGCAGACCACAUUAUGUGUAGGUCGGAAUAAAUAAAUAAAUAAAUAAAAAUACAACCU